UGCUGUUCAUAAUGGUGCCGCUGGGGAGGAAUGAGGACAGGACCCGAUACACAACAUUACCGAGGCUUCGAGCGUCUUCAUAACACUGUCUUCGGGAUAUUGUUAAUGUUGGUCGGACAGAAGCAGAUGAACUAAUGACUGGAGCUUCAAUAUACAGACGCAACAAAAGCAAGCACGUGGACACAAACCCAGGGUUGAGCUCCUCUGUCAGGAUCAUGGGAGAGAAUGGCCCUCUCUCGGAGACAGCCAUGCUCUUUGAAGACGAGGAAGAGGACGUGGACAAACUGGGCCGGGAAGAGGAAGACGAGGACAAGAUGGCUGACUUUGACAAAGACGGCAACAUGAUCUCGGGCCCCUCGUCCUCCUCUGGAACAGUCUACGAUCGCACCACCGUUCUCAUUGAGCAGGACCCGAUCCGUCUGGAUGAGGAAGGAGAAGAGGACGGGAUGGCGUUCCUGCCGGAGGGAGAGGGAGACGAGGGAUCUCUGGCCUUUAUGGGUGACCCUGACGGCAUGUCACAGGGAUACAUCCACCACACCAUCUCUCCAGACCAGAUCCAGUUCAUCAUUAACCCCGGAUCCACACCUAUGCCACGAAACAUCGAGGGCGCCACGCUGACACUACACUCUGAGUGCCCAGAGACCAAACAGAGAGAGGUAAAGAGAUACCAGUGUCUGUUCGAGGGCUGUACGCGCACCUACAGUACGGCAGGAAACCUGCGCACCCAUCAGAAGACGCACCGCGGUGAAUACACGUUUGUUUGCAACCAGCAAGGCUGCGGCAAAGCCUUUCUCACAUCUUACAGCCUGAAGAUCCACGUCCGCGUCCACACAAAGGAAAAACCCUUCGAGUGUGACGUCCAGGGCUGCGAGAAAGCCUUCAACACUCUGUACAGACUGAAAGCACACCAGAGGCUGCACACCGGGAAGACGUUUAACUGUGAAUCAGAGGGAUGCACCAAGUACUUCACCACACUCAGUGACCUGAGGAAGCACAUCCGCACACACACGGGCGAAAAACCCUUCCGGUGUGAUCACGAUGGCUGUGGUAAGGCUUUCGCUGCUAGUCAUCACCUGAAAACACAUGUACGGACACACACUGGAGAGAAGCCGUUUUUCUGUCCCAGCGACGGCUGUGAGAAAACCUUCAGCUCUCAGUACAGUCUGAAGAGCCACAUCCGGGGUCACGACAAAGGCCCAUCGUUCACCGUGAGCGGUCAUCCACUGUCAGAGGAUGCGAAUCAUUCGCUGUGCCUCAGUGAUUUGAGCCUCAUUUCAACAGACUCUGAGCUCCAGGAGAACCACAAUUCUCAGGGUUUGGAUCUGAACAGCGUCACCCCGAUACGAAUCUUUGAGCUCAUGUUCCAGAGUCCAGAGAACAGCGUCAGCGAGGACGACCCCAAACCCACAGAAAGCCUAGCAGAGGCUUUUGGGCUUGAGCCGUCGCCUCAGUCGGCCCCUGCAGACGCGUCCACUCAUCCAGCGUUCCCUCAGCCUCCUCUAUCCACCUCUUCCUCUACCUGCACCAUCACAGCUCCUGCUCAGGAAGCUCAGACUCCUCCCACAACACAGCAAGCCCCGCCCCCUGCUGUCAGCAGCUCGUCACAGACCUCCUCUUUCACCAGUGCUCCACCCAGCUCGUCACAGCCUGCAGAGGUGUCGUCUCCAUCUGCACCCUCAGCCGCUCAGCACUACAUGAUGGCUCAGCCGGUGUCGUCUCCAUCUGCAGCCAGUGUCUCCAGCGUGCCGGCUGGGACAGCAGAGGUGACGGCCGCAGUGACGCACACAGUGCCUUUGGCUGCUCCUCCUACAAUCAGCAUCGCCCCCACACUCGGCCUGCAGCCCAGCCUCGUCAUGUCAGACCAGAACCUGCAGUGGAUCCUCAGCAGCGCUGCCAGCGCACAGCAAAACCCCGAACAACAGGGUCCAAAAGUUGAGAAGGUCUUUUUUACAACAGCCAUACCAGUCGGUGGAAAUUCAGGGAACGCAGUGCAGCAGAUUGGCCUGAGUCUGCCGGUGAUCAUCAUAAAGCAGGAGGAGUCCUGCCAGUGUCACUGUGCCUGCAGAGACUCAGCUAAAGACAAAAGCACUUCCUCGUCGCAGGACAAGACCAAGAACACUUCACCACCACCUCCUCCAGCUCCUCCUCCUCCUCCGCCUCCUCCAGCCCUCCCCGAAGAGCCUCGCUCCUGCUGCCCAUCCAAACCUCACACACAGCCCCAGCAGGACGUCCCAGCCGCUCCGCUGACCCCUAACCCCCCCACUGACGCUCUGGGCAGCAUGGAUGUUUCAGAUCUGCUCAGUCCGGAAACAACCGCCAACAUAGAGGCGCUGCUCAUGGUGGCGGAUGACUUCUCAAUGGCAGAUAGUGGUGGUAGUGGCGCCCCCUAGAGGUCUGUUCACCUGUACCAUGUACAGAUGAGUAGCUCACACACACCUGUACCUCUGCGGCGUGACCUCCAGAGGCUUAUAGAGUGGAUUUGGUGCACUUUUAAGGGAGGGCAGCAGGCAGAGCAGUUUAGGGCAGCAGGCAAAGUCGUUUAGUUGCUUUUAACCCCACUGUUUUGUUUAGUUUUUUCAUGACAGAGCAAAAAUUGCGUCUAGAGAUUCACCAUAGAAAGUCAUUCAAUGCUUGAGUUUAAACUUGAAUCCACUCGAUUGGUCAGAAUGUACUAGUUCACUGCUUUAUCCCAGACUUCAGAAGUUACACCGUUCUUAGGGCUAAUGAAGUCAUCUACGCAAAAAGUCCUGCACAUUGGAACAGUUGAAGUAUUUUAUGUGUAACUUAUUAGAGAGGUGGUCAUAAUAAUGUGAUUUAGAGUUUUUUGGAGAUGUUUUAUUUUAGUUUGUCACUCUGGAUGAGCUGCGAUGAGCAUUUACCUGCCUUUUAAAUGUAAUUUAGAGGUCUGUUUGGCUGCCUAUAACUUAGUAUUUAAUUUUAUAUAUGUUAAUUUAUUACGUAAAAUAAUAAUACGUUGCGUUCUUCACACCUAAAUUAUUCUUCUCUAGAUCUUUAAGUGCAUCUCACAAAACCUGCAACAUAUUUCCAUCAUCAAUAACAAUAUGAAAUGGUUUUGCUUAAAGAAAAUGAGCUCCUUUUUAAGAAUCAUGUUAGUGACAAGUUUAUUCUCAUUAAUGCUGUUUAACGAUUAAUCAUGACUAAUCGCAUACUAAAUAACGUGUAGAUUUACUGUGUAUAUAGAAAUACACACA